AGCCCAGCCAUGCCCGUGUACGGCUGCUGCGAGAACCCAAAAUGGACGCCACCGUCAUCGCCAUCGCCAGCGACGGAGACGACCGCCGCCGCCCCCUCCUCGCCCCCGCCGAAGAGAUCCAUCCUUAUCCCGAAUCCCCUCCCCCACAGCAUCCACCUCCGUUGGAGGGGACGGCGGCGGCGCAGUUCGAGAAGCAGCGAAAACCACAGCGGUUGGCCUCGCUGGACGUGUUCCGCGGCUUCACCGUCGCCAUGAUGAUACUGGUGGACGACGCGGGCGGGGCGUGGCCGGGGAUCAACCACGCGCCGUGGUUCGGGGUGACGGUGGCGGACUUCGUCAUGCCCGCCUUCCUCUUCAUCAUCGGCGUCUCCGCUGCCCUCGUCUUCAAGAAAAUGCCAAACAAGACCGAAGCAACUAAGAAGGCUGCAGUUAGGGCUUGCAAGCUUUUCAUCUUGGGUGUGAUUUUGCAAGGAGGAUACAUUCAUGGACGACACAAAUUAACAUAUGGUGUCGAUUUGGAUCAUAUUCGAUGGCUAGGUGUGUUGCAGAGGAUAACUAUUGGAUACUUUCUAGCAGCAAUUUCAGAGAUUUGGCUUGUCAACAAAAAAUCGGUGGAUUCAGCUGUUUCAUUUGUGAAGAAAUACUUCAUGGAGUGGAUCAUGGCCAUAAUGAUUGCAGUACUGUAUGUUGCCUUGAUGUUUGGCCUUUAUGUUUCAAAUUGGGAAUUUGAAGUUCAAACUAGUAAUUCAACUGUUUCAUCUCCAAGCAACAAAGUUGAAAUUAAGAUGAUCCAAUGUGGAGUUAGUGGUAGUUUUGAACCACCUUGCAAUGCAGUUGGCUUCAUAGACCGAGUAUUGCUCGGUGAAAAUCACCUUUACAAGAACCCAGUGUAUAAAAGGACUAAGGAAUGCAGUAUUAAUUCUCCUGAUUACGGACCGCUUCCUCCAAAUGCACCAGAUUGGUGUCUGGCUCCAUUUGAUCCUGAGGGUUUGUUAAGUACACUGAUGGCUGCAGUGACUUGCUUUGUUGGUUUGCAUUUUGGACAUGUUUUAAUUCAUUGCAAGAUUCAUUCACAGCGAAUGCUAUUAUGGCUACUAGCUUCAAUGGUGUUGACAGUCUCUGGAUUUUUACUGCAAUUAUUAGGCAUGCCUUUCAGCAAGCCUUUGUAUACAGUGAGCUAUAUGCUAUUAACUGGUGGAGUAUCUGGAUUUCUGCUGUUGAUGCUAUACUACAUAGUUGAUGUUGUUCAUAUUAAGAAGCCAUUUAUUCUCUUCCAGUGGAUGGGCAUGAAUGCACUUAUAGUCUAUGUUCUGGCUGCUUGUGAGCUGUUCCCUACGCUUAUUCAAGGGUUUUAUUGGCGGUCACCUGAGAACAACCUGGUGGAUAUGACUGAAUUGCUGCUCCAGACCAUCUUCCAUUCGAAACGUUGGGGCACCUUGGUAUUCGUCCUACUGGAGAUCAUCUUUUGGUGCUUGGCCGCUGGCUUCCUCCACAUGAAAGGCAUAUACUUGAAAUUGUAGAACCAAUCAUCAGCGUCCUGUGAUGCCACCUUUCCUUGUAAAUAUUGGUGUAGCAUUUCCACAACCUGUUCAUAAUACUGGCAAGUAACUGAAGUAAGUACCCCACCAUGUCUGGUGCCAACACAAGGAUUCUGUGACUAAAUAAGUGUGAUGUACUGUUGUCGAUUUUAGGAGGUUGGCCCCAUGAUCUCUUCUGCCUCCAAACAACAACUUCCUGCUAGAAGUCGGAAGCCAUGUCGUUGUUCUAUUUUUCUUGUACCAAAAAUUGUGAAGCAGCCUACCGUUGCUGGAUACACCUGUUGUUUCUUGUGUGAGAUGAGAUCAAUGGAAUCUUAUUAUUGUGGCAUCA